GGGAGGGGAGAGAAAGUUAGGUUAUGAUUUCCUACAGUUUUGUGAGAUCUUUCGCCCCAGAAUUUUUCGUCUGAUAAACAGAAGAUAAAUCAGUGUGAACAAAAGUUUCCAUACUUUGCAACAACGUGUCUGAAAAACUGAAGAGAAGUGAGGUUUUAACGAUGUGUAUUAUAUUUGUGAAACUGUCGAAAUCAUUAGUGUUUAUUGAUGACAAUUAAGCUUUCAUUUAAUAGUCAUUCUGAAUAUGAAACGAUAUACAAAUCAAGUGUGAGUUAAUAAUUCGACACUAUGGCAGAUCGUCUGACACAGUUACAAGAUACUAUAAACCAGCAAGCAGAACACUUUUGCAACAGUGUUGGUAUCUUACAACAGUAUUCUACUCCUAGCAAAUUCCCUGGGUUUGAUCGCAUUGGCACUCCACAACCGCAUCAACCUCAAGAAGAUUAUGCUGCUUUAUUUGCGAAUCUCAUUGCAAGAUGUGCAAAAGACAUAGAUACGUUGAUAGAGAGUUUGCCAAGUGAGGAAUCGUCUCAGGAACUUCAAGUAGCCAGUCUUAGUCGACUCGAGCAAGAAAAUCAGCAAGCUGGUGAGCAAUUGGAAGAAGUAGUGAGACAAGGAGAAGCACUCCUUCAGCGAAUUCAAGCUGCAUUGCAGGAUAUAGCGCAAAGUCAAUUAGAUAUGCAAAAUCCCACAUCUAGCACCGUGAUCAACAUGAAUCUUAACAGUUGUAACGUAAAGCAAGAACCUUCUAUCAAUACUGUGCCUUCAAAUAAUACACAUCAACUAUCGGAUCCUUCACCUAAUUCAAUAAAUCAAUGACAUAUUUAUGAUUUAUUGUAAUUUUGUUUAUGUAAUGAAACAUUCUUGCAGUAUAUAAAAAAUCAAAUUGAUAUUAGUUUCUUUUUUGUUAUAAAAUUGAGACAAUAAAUGGAACAGUUUACAAUUUCAUAAUAUUCUGUAUUUUGGUACAAUUUACUUUAAUGAGAAUAUAAAUUUGAAGAUAAUAAUUUUCUAGAUACAAAUAAAAUUUUUUUACGUGAUUAUUAUAAAGCUGCAAACCAAAAACAAUUUCAUGCAGAGAAAAUGAUAGCUUUAUUACAAUUGUUAUUAAACUUUAUCGAAUUAUUUUAGGAUAUAUCAAUAGAUAUGUUUAGAGCUGAUUCUAAGUAUCUUACAAUGUGUAUCAAUUAUGCAAAUAUAAAGGAACGAAAAAGAGUUCUUGCGUUUAGAAUGCUUCGAGUUUUGAUAUGCGCUAUCUUGUCUCUAAUUAUAUUCUUUUAAGUAAAUUAUGAAAUACACUAUCGACCUUUGAAAAUUUAAAA